AAUAUUACUAACAUUCAUGCAUAUAUACAGACAUAUUAGACUCACUUCCGUGUCAUCAAAGAAAGGUGUAAACGGGCAAGUCUGGUUUGUAUUGUAGCCAAUUCCCUUUGUGUUCACAAACAGCUCUUUCUUGUUCUCACUAUUCUUCUAACAGUUGGGAAGAAUGGGCAUUAGAAAGAAACUGCAAGCUGUUCUUGGAAAAGGCUUCAGAACCUCAAAAUUCAGAUUCAAAAUCAACCUCGCCAUUGCCCGGCUUUCAGUUCUCAAGAACCAGCGCCGAGCACGCUACUCCAUUGCACGGUCUGAUGUGGUAGAGUUGCUUAAACUUGGCAACCAUGAGAGUGCUCUUCUUAGGGUUGAGCUAGUGAUCAUGGAGCAGAAUAUGUUGGAUGUGUUUGCUAUUAUUGAAGGCUACUGUCAUCUGUUGAUAGAGAGGGCUAACCUCAUAGAACAAGAAAAAGUAUGUCCUGAUGAGUUGAAGGAAGCCGUAUCAAGCUUAGUUUAUGCGGCCACAAGGUGCGGGGAACUCCCAGAACUUCAAGAGAUACGAGCAAUUUUCACAGCGCAAUUCGGGAAAGAAUUUGCAGCUAAUGCUGCUGAACUGCGCAAUGGAUGCAUAGUAAAUCCAAAGAUAGUACAGAAAUUGUUGACUAGGGUGCCAAGCUUGGAGGAAAAAUUGAAGGUUCUCAAGGAGAUUGGUUCAGAGUACAACAUUGAUAUACAAAUUGAAAAGGCAGCUUCUGUCGUUCCAGUGGUAAAUCUAGAAUCAGGUACAAAAAAUCAGCAAGAGUCAUCCCGAAUAACCACAUCAGGAGUCUCUAAUCCAGAAGAGAACAGGCGAAUGUGGCCUGAAGAUAUAGAAACGGUUGAAAUUUUUUCUGAUUCGGUGAAAAUGCGGAGAAGGUACACUGAUGUAGCUGAUGCAGCCCAAGCAGCUUAUGAGUCUGCAUCUUAUGCAGCAGCAGCUGCGAGAGCUGCUGUGGAACUGUCACGGUCUGAAUCAACUGAUCCUGAUGGUCCUAACAGUCCUAAUGUCCAGGAAAGAAUUGAGCCAACGAACUCUAAAAUUUUUACGAGGGAGAAAGCGGUUGCCAGAUUCAUGGAUGCAAAAGUUGAUCCGAUAUUCAAGAAAACCCACCCAAUACAAAACUACAGUUUCAGUUCUGGUAUUGAGAAAAAGACAGGACACUAUAAGAAUGGAACAGAAUUUAAGAUAUCGCUAUCUGGUUCAAGUUCUGAUUCAGCUGACGACUAUGAGGAAACUAAGAUGUUCGUUGGUGAAGAGGGCCGACUGGGGAAGGAAAAAGUUCUUGAUGGAACUGAUGAUGAAACUGCAUAUAUAAGUAGAACUCCAAGGUCAGAGACUUAUUUCAUGGAUACCAGUAUAAAGGAUGAUAUCCUGGAAGGUAGGAGCACAAAACCUUAUUGUUCAUCCCACAAGAAUUUCCUUUUAAGAUCUCAAACUGUAUUGACAAUGGAGUCCGGGCCUGACAAUUCAAAGAAGCACUUUGCUGAAGAAAUCAGGACUCAAGGUGCACAGCAUUUGAAUGUCCACAAGAGACCAAUCUCUGUAAGGACUAGACAGGCAUAAGGCCAGUAACAACCACACAAACUACAGAAGAGGAUAUAUAUAUAGUCACUGCAACAACUUAUGAGAGUUUAAUUUAAAUAGCAAAUACUUUAUUUUUCUCAUAUUAUGAGAGUUCAAUGUAAAUAGCAAAUACUUUAUUUUUCUCAUCAUGAUAUUUCUUGAAAACUAUGUAAUGGAUCUGAUGGGUGGCACUUUGUUAUAUUUCUUUUUUUCAAAUGUAAAGCACACAAUACUGACAAUCUUUAUUAGAUUUACAAAUUUCAAUAAAAUGCUAAUAUCACUAACUUCUGAACA